AUGGCCGACCGCAGCCUCCAACAGAUUCUCACCACUCUCCGCCAAAAGGGCUCCUCCCUCUCCUACAACGACUCCGCCGCCCACCUCUCCAAAGCCAAGCUGCACCUUCUUCAGCUCAACGCCCUUACCCCUUCCUCCACAACCUCCGCCGACCUCCUCGCCCUCGCCCGCGAGACGUACGAACUCGGCGCCCUUGCCUCCAUCCGCGCCAAGAACCCGGACGCCUUCACACGCUACGUCCAGCAGCUCCAGCCCUUCUACGAGCUGCCCUCGAAUGUCCUUCCACCCAACGUCCCCGAGCGCAACAAGGUUACCGGCCUGUACCUGCUGCUCCUGCUUACCCAGGGCCGCUACGCCGAGUUCCACUCCGAGCUCGAGAGCCUGGCCAACCGCGAGGGCGGCGGCGAUAGCGGCGCCGUCGAGGGCGACAGAUACCUGGGUUACCCCAUUCGUUUGGAGAGAUGGUUGAUGGAGGGGAGCUACGACCGUGUGUGGAACGCCAUGAAGAGCCGUGACGUGCCCUGCGAGGAGUACGGCGUCUUCUCAGAGAUUCUUACCUUCCAGAUCCGCUCCGAAAUCGCCUCCAGCAGCGAGCGUGCCUACCCGAGUCUGCCCAUCAGCUCCGCAAAGUCCCUCCUCUUCCUCGACUCCGAAGGCGAUGUCAUUUCGUUUGCCCAGCAGCGCGGCUGGAUCCUGAAGGACGGCCAGAUCCUCUUCCCCGAUACCGCUGAGGCCGCCGCCGAGGAUGGCACCCAAGAGAAGGAGAUGAGCAAGAUGGUGAUAGAGAACACGUUGGGCUACGCCAGAGAACUCGAGACCAUUGUGUAA